AUGAAUGGACGGUCUUUGAUUGGCGCCGCUGGUGACGCCCCUCCUGGUCCUCUUUGGAGGGACCCUUUUGGAAAAAAAGCUGGUGAGGCAGCGCGCAUGGCCCAUGGGCCACCAAAACAGGAGCCAGAGGAAGAGCUAUCCAUGGAGGACAGCCCCACUGUGGUUAAACUGGACCAGGGUGGAAAUCAGGGUCCACCAGUUCGCAAGAGAAGAAGCCUCCCCAAGGCACUUGGCUACAUAACUGGUGAUAUGAAAGAAUUUGCCAACUGGCUUAAAGACAAACCCCAGGCGCUCCAGUUUGUCGACUGGGUCCUUCGGGGCAUAUCCCAAGUGGUGUUUGUCAGCAACCCCAUCAGCGGAAUCCUGUUUCUGGUGGGACUCCUGGUCCAGAACCCCUGGUGGGCGCUCAGUGGCUGUGUGGGAACUGUGGUCUCCACCCUGACAGCCCUGUUACUCGGUCAGGACAGGUCCGCCAUUGCAGCAGGGCUCCAGGGCUACAAUGCCACCCUGGUGGGAAUCCUUAUGGCUGUCUUUUCAGACAAGGGAGACUAUUUCUGGUGGCUAUUAUUCCCUGUGUCUGCUAUGUCCAUGACUUGUCCAAUUUUCUCAAGUGCGUUGAACUCCGUGUUCUGCAAAUGGGACCUCCCUGUCUUCACUCUGCCCUUCAACAUGGCGUUGUCAAUGUACCUUUCUGCCACGGGACAUUACAAUCCAUUUUUCCCAAGCAAAUUGUUCACACCUGUAACCUCAGUUCCCAAUGUCACCUGGUCUGACCUCAGUGCCCUGCAGUUACUGAGGUCCCUGCCCGUGGGUGUUGGUCAGAUAUAUGGCUGUGAUAAUCCGUGGACAGGGGGCAUCUUCCUAGGCGCCAUCCUCCUCUCCUCUCCACUCAUGUGCCUACAUGCUGCGAUCGGGUCGUUGCUGGGGAUGGCAGCAGGACUCAGUCUUUCAGCUCCAUUUGAGAACAUCUACUUUGGACUCUGGGGUUUCAACAGCUCUCUAACCUGCAUUGCAAUUGGAGGAAUGUUCAUGGCGCUCACCUGGCAAACCCACCUCCUGGCUCUUGCCUGCGCCCUGUUCACUGCCUACGUUGGAGCCAGCAUGUCCAACCUGAUGGCUGUGGUCGGAUUGCCAUCUUGUACCUGGCCCUUCUGUUUGGCGACACUACUGUUCCUCCUGCUGACCACGAAAAACCCCAACAUUUAUAAGAUGCCCCUCAGUAAAGUCACUUAUCCUGAAGAAAACCGCAUCUUCUACCUACAAGCCAAGAAAAGGAUGGUCGAAAGCCCUUUGUGA